AACAAAACAAAACAAACGGCUGCGGUCCGUCCAUAACUCUGUCCCUCCUCACUCACUAUCAGUCAUAUACUCACCAUAGUCAAACCCCUCCACGAAAUCAAGAAAAUGGGUUUGUGCCCUUGUUUUCAAUCAGGGGUUUAGUGAUUAAAUCUGGUAUUGUUAUUAGUUUAGAUCUAAAAGAAGAAGAAAAAAAAAACAUGAAGUAUAAAAAUGAGUUUAUCGUUGGUAGAAAGUUAUUUUCAUAUAUAUCGAUAGGAUUAGUUGUAUCUAUAGGUUUGGUUUGUUUACUAUUUGGUCCUGGUGGUUUACCUAGUGUUGUUAUUGAACAUGGUGGUGGUGGUGGUAGUGAUGAUGGGAGUGAUCCAGUUUUUAGUGGAGUUAUUCAUAGAGAUUUUGAUGAUAUGUUUGAAGAUCAAGAACAUAAUCCUGAUGUACCUAAAAGUAUCCCUGUUUGUGAUAUGCAAUACUCAGAGUUGAUUCCAUGUUUAGAUAGAAAUUUCAUAUAUCAAAUGAAAUUGAAGCUGAAUUUGUCGUUGAUGGAGCAUUACGAAAGACACUGUCCGCCUUCGUAUAGACGGUUUAAUUGUCUUAUACCACCACCAAUUGGAUAUAAGGUUCCUAUCAGAUGGCCAGAGAGUAGAGAUGAAGUGUGGAAGGCUAACAUACCUCAUACCCAUCUGGCAGAAGAGAAAUCCGAUCAGAAUUGGAUGGUGGUGAAUGGGGAUAAGAUUAAUUUCCCUGGUGGCGGAACUCAUUUCCAUAAUGGUGCGGAUCAGUACAUUGCAUCACUUGCAAGGAUGCUCAAGUUUCCUGCUGAGAAGCUCAAUGAUGGUGGUAAUAUACGGAAUGUCCUUGAUGUUGGUUGUGGGGUUGCAAGUUUUGGGGCUUACCUUCUUCAACAUCAGAUUAUCGCAAUGUCUCUUGCUCCCAAUGAUGUACAUGAGAAUCAGAUACAGUUUGCACUAGAGAGGGGAAUCCCUUCAACCCUGGGUGUGUUGGGAACAAAAAGGCUUCCUUAUCCAAGUCGUUCAUUUGAAAUGGUUCAUUGCUCUCGGUGUAGGAUUGAUUGGCUUGAAAGGGACGGGAUUCUCUUGCUAGAAUUGGAUAGAUUACUAAGACCGGGAGGUUAUUUUGUUUACUCUUCUCCUGAGGCGUAUGCUCAUGACGAAGCAAACAGAAGAAUCUGGACUGCAAUGAGUGAUCUGCUCAACAGAAUGUGUUGGAGAAUUGCUUCAAAACAUAGGCAGACUGUUAUAUGGGCCAAGCCAUUGACCAACAGUUGUUACUCAAAGAGAUUCCCUGGAACCCACCCCCCUUUGUGCAGCGCGGAUGAUGAUUCUGAUGAAUCUUGGAAUGUGCCUAUGAAAGCAUGCAUAACACCAUACUCAUCAAAAAUGCAUCAGGAACGGGGCAGUGGACUGGUUCCAUGGCCGCAAAGGCUUACUUCAGUGCCUCCUCGUCUGGAAGAAAUUGGUAUAGGUUCAGAUGAAUAUUUAAAAGACACGGAAAUGUGGAAUUUUAGAGUUGCUGCAUACUGGAAGCAAAUGAAAUCUGUGACACACAGGAAUUCCUUCAGAAACAUAAUUGAUAUGAAGUCAAAUCUUGGUGGCUUUGCUGCUGCCCUCAAAGAUAAAGAUGUAUGGGUAAUGAACGUUUCUCCGGUCAACGAAUCUAGCAAACUAAAGAUCAUUUAUGAUCGAGGUUUCCUUGGCACUGUUCAUGACUGGUGCGAAUCGUUUUCAACAUAUCCCCGUACCUACGAUCUACUUCAUGCCUGGUCAGUUUUCUCAGAUAUUGAAGAAUUUGGUUGUAGCACAGAGGAUUUGCUCAUUGAGAUGGACAGAAUUUUACGACCUAAUGGAUUUGUGAUCAUACGAGACAAACCCCAUGUGAUAAACUAUAUAAGGAAGUUUUUGAGUGCUUUACAAUGGGACGAUUGGAUAUCUGAAGUAGAACCAAGAAUUGAUACUCUCACCUCAGGAGAAGAAAGAGUUUUAAUUGCAAGUAAGAAAUUGUGGGAAGAAGAUACUGAAACUAUGUAAAGAGAAAACACACGUUUAUUCUUAAACAAGGUACUUCCAAGCCUGUAACAUGUUUUUGCCCUCCCACAAUGGAGUGCCUUUGGCAUUUGACAGUUUGUUUCUAUAUUCAUUGUCUAUCCUCAGUAGUACACCUUAUUUGUCUUUUUGUGAUCGCAAAUUUUUGGUGUAUAUUUCUUGGAAGAUCAGUGGGGUGAUUUUGUAUCUUGUAGGGUCAAAUAUGAUGUAUAAGUUUAAUUCUUAAUCCAUGAGAGAUGACAAAAAGUUAGAGAAUGAUUCCUA